UGUAUCUCUCUUCCGGUCCGUCCCCCUUUCCCUGCCGACCGUCUCUCCAUCGUUUUGCCGUGCUCCACGUGUGGAUUUAAGUUCUUUUUUCCCCACUAACAAUUUGUCAACAUUGUCAGGACCAAAUGGCCACGUCCAAUUUCGAACAGAUGAAAGCGAAUGUGGCGAAACUCCUUCGAGGAAUCGAUCGGUACAACCCAGAAAACCUUGCGACGUUGGAGCGUUACGUGGAAACACAAGCCAGAGAAAAUGCGUAUGACUUGGAGGCCAACUUGGCCAUUCUGAAACUGUACCAGUUCAACCCCCCCUACUUCCAAAUGAACGUGACUUCUCAGAUCCUGCUGAAGGCCCUCACCAACCUGCCACACACCGACUUCACCCUCUGCAAAUGCAUGAUUGACCAGGCUCACCAGCAAGAGAAGAGCCCCAACGAGCAGCAAGAGAAGAGCCCCAACGAGCAGCAAGAGAAGAGCUCCAUCGAGCAGCAAGAGACGAGGCCCAUCAUGGAGGAAGAGAAGAGCCCCAUCGUGCAGAUCCUGUACCUGGGCAACCUGCUGGAGACCUGCCACUUCCAGAGUUUCUGGACGACUCUUGAGAAGAAUCGUGAGCUCAUCGAUGGAAUUGCAGGUUUCGAAGACUCAGUCCGCAAAUUCAUCUGUCACGUGGUGGGCAUCACCUACCAGACUAUAGAGCGCAGCCUGCUGGCCAAGAUGCUGGGAGACCCGCUAGAGACACAGGUGAAGGUGUGGAUGAACAAGUAUAACUGGACGGACACCGAGGACGGACAGAUCUUCAUCUUCAACCAGGAGGAGAGCGUCAAGCCCAAAAACAUCGUGGAGAAGAUCGACUUUGAGAGUGUGUCAAGCAUUAUGGCGACGUCUCAGUGACACACACAAUAAACCUGGUUAUUUGAUCCUCUCACACUUUUCACAAUAAAUGUUUAUUAUCA